AUGACAUCAACAGCUCGACUCUCUAAAGACGUCCUUAUACGAAAGCUGCAACAUGGCAUGUCCGAUUUCACCAAUUUCGAAGAGACAAUAGGAGUGCUUCAACUCUUCGAGGUUGAUCCUCUCAUACUCGAGAAGGCUUUGCCUUCAUUAAUUAAUGAAUUGCUUUCGACAUAUUUUACUACCAACACUGAUAAUCGGCUCAAGAUUGCACGGCUCUUUUACGAGUAUUCAAAGAUAUUCAAAAACAAAAGGAUACGGGUACAGAUUCCCAUCAAGAUUUAUGAUCUGUCGAAAGUUUUAGCGCUAUUGAAGUCUUCUCAAGAUUGGCAUUCUCAGUAUUUACUAAUUACAUGGCUCGCUAUGCUCGUAAUCUCUCCUUUCAAAUUUGAUAAUGAUACUGAAAUCCUUUUGAUUGUAUCGAAGUUCAAUCAUAUGGCUCUUAUGAGACCCUUAAUUUCUAACAUUAAGGCUGAGCUUUGGUCAAAAAACUACGCAUUGAUUGAACUACCUGAAAAAAUUUCACAAGUAGACCCCAUAGAUCUCAGCUACAUGUUAAAAACUUUGAAGCACAAAACAACAUAUCCCUUCAGCAUUGAACAAUUGAUAGAGUUUACGCAAUAUAUCACAUCUCUCACUUCAUUUGAUAAAGAAAUUGAUGCUCUGUAUACGUUGCAAUUACUUCCGCAUUUUGUUACUGUUCUAGCAAACAGAGAUGAGACCUACUCUUGUAUUUAUGAUAUUUUGUUCUGGAUGACCUCCACAAUCAAUCUUUCUUUCACUGACCUACGAUUCAAAUUGGCUAAAUCUGUUUCGAAAAUAGUCCUCUUUGUCUCUAAUAUUGAUGAAGAAAGCAGUGAAAUGAUAAUAACUGACUGUGUUAAUGAUACUGAAGCAUUGUUAAAAACAAAUUCAAACGAAUCGAUGGACUCAGACAGACUUCAUACAUUUUUACUGAUUCAAGCAGAAUUUUGCAGGAGCCGACUUUUAACGAUAUCUCAUAUCAGAAAAUUCACGCAGAGUAUACUUCCAGUAAUUAGCAAAUUUCAACAGAAGAGAAUGAUGAGCACGCAAGGACAUCAAAUAAGAGAUGCAGCUAAUUUUUUUUGCUGGAGUGCAUUCAGAAGUUAUACGAAUAUUGAGCUUCAGUCUCUCAAAAAUAUGUUCCUCAACCUAUUAUUUACAGCAAACUUUGACCAUUCACCAUUGAUAAGAAAAUCUGCUAUGGCAGCUCUUCAAGAAUGUCUAGGAAGGCAAGGAAACGUCCUACUAGAUAAUGUGACGGUUCUUCGACUUGCAGAGAUGCACUUUGGUCAGCUGUCGAAUGCACUAACUCUUUUUGAGUUGUUCAAUGGAAGAUAUGAAAGUUAUAUUGAUGAAAUGGUACAGUGGCUAGUUCUUUAUAGCGUUGGACAGAACUACGAUUAUCAAUUCGUUGAAAAGGCCACUUCCCUACUUUCAGAGAUGACAUCCCAAAUCAAUGAAAAAUCCCUUUCUAAUAUGGUUUCAAAGUAUAUCAAUGAAAUAUCUGUGAAGGGAUUGAAAUAUCAGGACCCUGACAUAUGUGCAAGAAGUGUUUAUCUACAAUGCAAAAUUGACACUGAAAGUCUCCUGAAAAGUUCAGACGUUCUUGCAAUUUUGCACCAACAGAAAAUCCCCAAAGUUUGGAAUGACCAGAUUUCCUUUCAGGCAUUAGCUGAGUUGGGAGGUAUUUGUUCAUUAGUUUUGGAUGGUUCUUUACUCUCAAAACAGCAGGUAGAACGGAUUUUUCUAAUUGCAAGACAUGCUCAGAUGAAUCAUUCAAAUUAUGACGAUAUUUCGAAACUAUUGAAUCAACUAGUAUCUUUUAUUUCCGCAGAUAGCGAACCUUUUGAUGAUUCAUCCACAGAAUGCUCAUUUUGGGCUAUAUUCUAUCAGUUAUUCAGACUUCAACAACCUCUCAUCUGCUGCGCUGCACCGUUUUUGUCACAGAACCAAUUUAUUUCCUUGUUUUAUGAUUCGGUUUCCAAAAUGUCUUGUGAGUAUAAGGGAAAAAUGAUUGAUUCUCUUUCUCAGGCUAUCUCUAGAUAUUCUCCUGAUGAACAUCUUCAGAUAUUCCUUCAAGAUGUUGUAUUAUUCUUGGACGACUAUACCACUACAGACAAAGGAGAUGUUGGCCGCUUGACUAGGCUUUCCACAGUGAACUUGAUUCUAAAACAUAGCAUGUUAUUUAGAAAGUUGACUUGUCUCCCAUUCAUUGAAAACUCAUUAUUAAGAUUAACGGGAGAGCCCUCUACGGAAAUCAGACUAAAAUGCUUCGAAGCGUUAUGUACUCUUCGACAUGUUUCCCUUGAGAACCCUCCUUGCAAUUUUAAUGCAAUCCGACUUUAUAAUCUACACUAUAGGGGGAACAACGAAUUCUGGAAAGGGUACUUUUUUUCGGCUGGGGCAAUUCAUUCGACCGAUAGACUAAUCUCUUCCGCAAUCGACGAUCUUCUUACUUAUUACCAAGGCCUUGAAUUGGCUGACCGAUUAUUGCAAUUGAAUGAGUUUGCUCGGAUUGUUCCAUCCGCCAAAGAAUUCGAGGAGCUGAAAGCAUCCAAAAUGCGUAACAAUAUACUGGGAACCAUACCGAGAGAGAUCAUAAAGUCAACUAUCACAUUUCUUAACUGCUGGUGUCGGAUGCUAGAAUCUGGAAUAACUCUCGAAGAAGAUUUUAACUAUAGCGGUUUUUUUGCCCGUGUGUACAAUCUUCAACUUGCUGCAAGGUCAGUAUCUGUCACCAGUUAUGCUUUCAGGCUAUUAACCCUUCUUGUCUGCCAUCAGAUACUUAAUGUCAGGAAAAACUCAGCACAAUUUGCGAAUACCUUCAUCAAAAUACUAUUAAAACAAUUAGCCGCAGCCAAACAAAGAACCGAAUUUUCCAGUAUUCAAAACGUUGCUUUGGAAUCUCUAACUCAUAUCUACAUAUGUGCUGACAGGAAUAAAAAAAUUGAACUUAUACAAGAAAACUCCACAACUCCGCAGCAGUUCUCUGCUCUAAAAAACACUGAUCUUUUAAUCUAG